AAAAAUGUUAAGGCUUUGCUAAAUGGCAUGGGCGUGAGCCCAAUUCGUUCCAUAUUUACACAGCUAUGGCUUCUCUGUGCUGCUGUCCGGCCAUCCAUCGAUGAGGACUUUGGGCACAGAUCGCUGCUGCUGGAGAGCAAGGAGGCAUUUGAGUGCCUUGAAGAAGUGCAGGAGAAGCUGCGAGGGCAGCUGCGUGGCCUAGGUCUUUCCGGAGAGGGAGAUCCAUGUCGUUGGGAGGGCAUUGAAUGCCGUGACUGUGCGGUGCAGAAAAUUCGGAGCUAUGAGGCGACAGGAGACCUAAGUUCUGUAGUGAGUUCUUUGAAGGAGAUGACAGAGCUGACUGUUCUGAACCUUCGAGGGAGCCCAGUCACUGGCAAUAUCUCUGAGUUGUCAAAGCUGGAAAGACUCCAAGUCCUUGACCUGGCGCAGACACGGGUGGUGGGCGAUGUUGCGGAGCUAUCAAAUCUUAGAGGGCUCCAAUGCCUUUAUCUCAAGCAAACACAGGUCUUGGGUGAUGUUGGGGAGCUCUCAAAGCUUGACGGCCUACAGAGCCUUUACCUGACGCAAACACAGGUGUUGGGCAAUGUCGCGAAUUUGUCAAAGCUCAAAGGGCUCCAGCGCCUUGACCUGAGUCAGACACGGAUCACAGGCGAUGUCGCGGAUUUGUCAACACUAAGCCAGCUCCAGCGCCUUUACCUGACGGAGGUACAGAUUGUGGGCGAUGUUGGGGAGCUGUCAAAGCUAAACCAACUCGAGCACCUUUACCUCACGCAGACACAGGUGGUCGGAAAUAUCGGCGUCAUCAGCAGCAUGCCCGAGCUGGUGAGGGCCGACUUGUCUGGCACCGCUGUGUCCGGAAAGCUGGACGAGUUGAGGCCAGGCUGCUGUGGAAAGCUCCGGAGACUGCACCUUGGAGAUACGCAAGUCCGGAUUUCGCCUGGUGCUGCUGCUCGCUCCCUUUCCAGAAAGACCGUGUUCCUCCCAGCUUUGGAAUCGCUCAAUGUGAGUGGUUGCAAACUCAACGUGAGCGUGGGCGAUCUAUUGGUUCCUUUGGCCGCGACACCCAUCACCAAUAUCCUUGCAGCAGGAUGUGGCCUCAGCGGCAACGUCCCUAACCUUGAGGCACUCAACGCUAGAGUGGAUGGAGAGUUCUUUCACAACUGGCCAAGCACCUUGGGCAACUCUUUGGAGGUGUUGGACAUGUCGGCCAAUUGCCUAGAUGUGGUGAAUGCCUCGUCCGUAAGCUUGAGAUUGGACGUGAGCCGUAAUGAAGUGCCCUUGAGCCUCAGCCCCCAUAUCAUCAAAGCUGCGGCAAAGUCCGAGACGGACCUCUGGAUGACGGACACCGAACUGGCAAACUCAGGGGAGAUCAUGGCGGAUUGCUCCAAUGAAUUGCAAAUGGUAGAGAUGUGGACUGCAAGGGAGAUCGGUGGAUACUCGUGCCAUGACCUCGUGCGACCCAACAUUCGUGUCACGCCAGAGCGCUUCUUGCCUCAGCUAAUGUGUGCCUGUGGCCCAGGCCACUUUGGUGCCGGUACCAACUGCUCAGCAUGUCCGGAAAACACUUUCAACGACCAGAUGGAUCAAAGGAAGUGUCAAGCCUGCCCUCAAGGCGGAGAGGCUCCAGCUGGAUCUCAGGCCGUUUCGGCCUGUGAGUGCCCCUUUGGCGCCCCUCGUAUUUUCGAGAACGAGACCAUGUGCCUAUGCGACCGCAGUGAAGCGCUCACUGACGCGCAAAAAUGCGUCUCUUGCAGCGAGAAUCAUGUGGUUUGCAGUCCUGGUGCAGAUCGUCUGGCUACAGCGCCUUUGAAAGACGGGUACAUUCGCUUGAAGGAGCCAUCGGAAGAGAUUUUCAAAUGCCUUGAUCCUAAACAUUGCAGAAACUCCAGGUGUGUGCCAGGGCGCACUGGCCCGCCUUCGCUUUGCACAGCUUGCUCCCCACAGUACCGAGAAAGCAACAAGAUCUGCGUUGAAUGCAAGAGCGUUUCAUCGCAGCAGAGAUUUUCAGUCGGUUUGGGCUGCACUGCGACCCUGGUGAUAAUGGCUGCCAUAGCAUGGACCCUGAGGCGCCACGCACCACAGCGGAGCCCUCGCAGCGAGUGCCUGCUGCAGCUGAUCACGGCGCAGCUGAUGGCUUUGCUGCAGCUGGCGCAGCUCUGGACGGUUCUCGGCGGCUUGACGCCUGUGGACCCAGCGGCAACGGUCGCAGACGCGGCAAACGUCACAGACGCGGCAAACGUCACAGACGCGGAUGACGGCGCCCAAGGUGAUGCACUGCUUGGAUACUUGGAAGCCUUACAAUUCACCACCUCCGAAGUGCAAAACUUCCUGGCUCUGCAGUGUCUUUAUGACGGCGCCACCGUUCGUUCGAUGUUUGCCAUUGCCACGCCCCUGGUUCCUUUGCUGCUGCUGAUUGCUUGUGGCUGCUUGGAGCUUUUUUCGCGCGGAUUGGGCAUCCGCGUUGGGCUGAAGAUGCUCACGGUGCUUUUCAUUGGUGGUGCCUCUGGCAGCGCGCAGCUUUUGGGCUGCCAGCGAACAGAUGGUGCAGGCACACCAUUGAAGGAGUUUGCCUUCCGCCCACUUUUUCCACACGAACGGUGCGACGAAGCUCUGUGGGUGGAUAGGAUCGGCUGGGCCACCGCUAUUUGCUACGGCCUCGUCAUCCCCUGCUUCCUGGGAUUUCUGUUUGCCAAGCAAAAUGUCGUCAUGCGAAAGGUUAAGACAGUGCUUAUGCACACUACAUGCGACGAUGGAAAGGUUAGGGUGUGGCUGCAAGGCCUUGAAAGCAAGCAAUCCUUCAAGGAUGCCAUGCUAUCCAAGCGCUUGGCGGCUUCGGCUGCUGCCUGCCUUGCCAUAGAUGUGAAAGGCAGCGCGGUGGUCGAAUUGCAGAAAGAUGCUGUGAUUGUAACUCCAACAGCAAACAUUUCCAGAGCUUCGGAAGACUUGGGCGUUGAGAGCUUUGUCUUCGGCUCAGACGUGAAGGAGGCGGAGGUGUUGCAACGCCACAUGAUGGCGCAGAUGCUCAUAGAGCGUAGCAUUUUGGAGGAGGAAACUGAUCGUGUCAUGCUCGGUGCAAAGCAGCUCUUUUGCAAAUAUGCCAAAAGCGAAAAUGUCUGGAUGGAGGUGUGCAUCAAGGUGGCUGCAGCAGCCUUGGUCUCGGUGGUGGCUGUGGACAGCUUGUGGCUCUGCGUCGCCAUCACCUUGGGGAUGGCCCUGGUCAUUGGCCUUGCGCAGCCCUUUGCUCAGCCGCAGAUGAACGUCCUGCAGAGCGCCUGCUUCGCAUGCCUGGCCCUGGCAGCUGUCGGCUUCCGGCACCACAUGGCCCUGGCGCGGCUGGCGCUGGCGGUGCCCUUCGUGCUGCUGGUGCUGCAGCUGCGGCGGCCGGAUUCACCUGAGAUGCUGGCAUUGAGGCUGCAGCAGGAGUUGGAGGCCAAGAUCCACGAGGGGCCCGUAGAAGUCAGCGCUGAGCAGUUUACGUAAGGAUCCAACGGACCUCGCAGGCAGAUCUUCACGGAUGAAAUUGGAACCUUUCGUCUUGGAAUGGAAAAAAGUCGUGGCCGAGCGGGUCAUUGUAGUCGGUGACGGGUGGUAAUGGAAUCGCUGGAUCCGGGUGAUGAAGGUCUUUGGGAUCCAAUCUUUCGA